GUCAAGGUGAAAAGAGAAACAAAUAAUUGAGACGUAACAGAAAAUAAUUAUAAACAAAUUAACAAUUGGAUUGGAUCAAUUAAGAGUGCGAAUUUGGAUUAAUAAAGCUGGCCGAUUAAAUUGUCUCUGCUAUGGAAUCGAUUCACCCAACAGCGAAGUUAAUGCAAGGCCUUCAAUUCGCUGCUAGCAAGCAUCGGACACAACGGCGCAAGGACAAUGAAACUCCCUAUAUUAACCAUCCUAUUAAUGUGGCUACCAUUCUUGCUGUAGAAGGUGGCAUCUCUGAUGAAACUGUACUUAUUGCUGCUCUUUUGCACGACACUGUCGAGGAUACGGACACUACUUUUGAGGAGAUCGAAACACAAUUCGGUGCUGAAAUUUGUGGAAUUAUACGGGAGGUCACCGAUGAUAAGUCAUUGGAAAAACAAGAACGCAAGCGUUUGCAAAUCGAACAUGCGGCAACCUCAAGCAUAAAAGCAAAAUUGGUGAAGCUAGCUGAUAAAUUGGAUAAUCUACGUGAUUUAGACAGGAAACCGCCUAUCGGCUGGUCCUUGGAGCGUCAAGAACAAUACUAUGUUUGGGCUAAAAAAGUGGUGGAAAAUAUGCGUGGCACAAAUGCCGAGUUGGAGCGGAAAUUGGAUGAUAUUUUUAAACAGAAAAAUUUACUUUAAUUUCAUUUCAAGAAAGCAUUUUUCCACCACACUUUAAUUACAUUUUGUGGA